AUGUCAGCAGCCGACUUGUCACCUCAACGCGUUCGUACGUCGGGUUCAGCUGAAGAAAUAAAGAUCAAAGAGACUGAGCAUAUUGAAUACGAGAGAAAUGAGCUUCUAGCUCGCCUUACCGACCCAGAUGAAGGGAAAAGUGAAGAGGAGAAGCAGGAAAUUGACAGGAAGUUAAUGUGGAAAGUUGAUCUUUGGCUGGUUCCAUGGUUAUCUCUUCUGUACUUGCUGUCCUUCUUGGAUCGUACGAAUAUCGGAAAUGCCAGAUUGGCUCAUAUUGAAGCCGAUCUCGGCAUGAAAGGAAACAACUACAACAUGAUAUUGACGAUUUUCUUCAUUUCCUAUGCCGUCGCCGAACCCGUUACCAAUGCCCUGCUUAAGCGCCUUACCCCUCGCAUAUUCUUCACGAGCAUUAUCUUAACAUGGGGCAUUAUCAUGACCUUAAUGGGCCUUACAACAUCAUACAGAGGUCUUCUAGCCGCUCGAUUCUUUCUUGGGGCGGCAGAGGCAGGAUUAUUUCCAGGGGUCAACUACUACCUUAGCUGUUGGUAUAAGAGUUCAGAAAUUGGCGUCAGGAGUGCCAUUUUCCUCUCCGCUGCUGCAAUUGCCGGCUCCUUUGGAGGCCUACUCGCGGCGGCCAUUACCAAAAUGGACGGAAUUGGCGGUAAGCCAGGCUGGGCUUGGAUUUUCAUCAUUGAAGGCCUUGCUACAGUGCUCGUCGCUAAAUUCCUUACUCCCGAAGAACGUAUCAGGGUACAACGUCGACUUAUUGUGGACAGACAGGGAUAUACGGCCGAUGAUUUCGACAAACGUUACAUCUACGAGGCUAUUAGAGACUGGAAGACAUAUGGAUAUACUUGGAUUUUUAUCGGCUGCACCAUUCCGCUUUAUGCCUUUUCACUCUUUCUUCCGACCAUUAUCGCAGCUAUGGGUCAUUCAGGAACGCGCGCGCAGCUACUGACAGUUCCACCAUAUGUUUGCGCGGCGGUGCUUACGGUACUCAUAGGCUUCUUCGCGGACAAAAUGAAGUGGCGAGGGUAUUGUAGUUUGGCCGCCGCCACUCUGGGUAUUGUUGGAUUUGCUUUAUUGUUGGGCUCGUCACGACCAAACAUUCAGUACGCUGGUACUUUUCUGGGAGCAAUGGGUAUCUACCCAGCCAUCCCAAAUACCCUUUCAUGGGUAUCCAACAAUACUGAGGGCUCACUAAAGAGAGCUAUAGUGUUGGGUAUAGUCGUCGGUUUCGGGAAUUUGAAUGGGAUAGUAUCGUCCAAUAUCUAUCUACCAGCCCAAAAACCUAGGUACCCGACUGGCCAUGGGGUGGUUUUGGCAUCACAAAUCUUCUUCUUGCUUGGAGGAUCCGUUUUCAUGCACUUUGCUUUGAGAGCUGAGAACUCUCGGCGGCAUAGGAACAUGGGUGAUAAACGGCCUGACUUUGUGUAUACUCUGUAG